CACCCCAGCUAAAGGGACCUGCUGAGGAUGAAAGCCUUUCUGGUUGUUCUGGUGGUUGCAUCUGCAUGUGUACAGCCUGCCAGGUCCCUGCAAUGCUACACCUGCAGAGCGCCAACGGAUAUUCGUAGAUGCACCAGGAUUGCCACUUGCAAACCGAAUGAGCUUGCGUGCAGGACAACAGAGCUGUCCGUGGACUCGGGUUAUCCAUUUUUUGGGAACAUCACCAUUACCAGAGGCUGUUCUUCAAACUGCGUGCCAUCCUCUCCCUGGGGAAUUGGGGUAAAGCAUCCCGUUUCCUGCUGCUACACUGACCUCUGCAACUCCAACCCUAACGGGGUUGUGGGGCUGAAAGCCAACCACGCCGUGCUGGGGAUUACGGCUGCUGUCCUCUGCAUCCUCGCCAAGGCCCCCCUGUAAUGCCGUCUCCCGGUGCUCAGACAGGAACCCGCCGGACUGAGCGGCUCCGGCGCGUGGAGUAUUUAGGUGCUCGUGGGAAUAAGCUGCUUUUGUUUGAUUCGUGGUACUGAAUCUGAAAGGACCUGGGAGGACCCAGAUGCUGAACCCUGCAGCAAUAUUCUGCUAGGCUGGAAACUGGCGGGCUGCAUGCUACCGCCUCGGCCCUGCAGGUAUGGGAGCUCAGGCUGUCUGGGGGUGGGGGGUGAGGAGGGUUGUUCUCUCAGCUGCUCUGCUUUGGGGCUGUAGCAGGAACAAGGGAAAAAAUGACUUUGUCUUACCAGCCAAUGAGUCCAGGAAGGGGCAUGGUGACCAGCUGGUGCAUGGGGAGUCUGAGCCUCUUUGCUCCCAGCUCUUGUGGACGCCCAGCUGAUUUGUGCACAGGGCCCAGCACCCAACUCCGUCUGUGCACCGCUUUCAUUGCUUGUUCCCAGCUCCAAAGCACUGCCACCCCCAGACUCGAUGCCCCCCAGAAGCAGAUUUGCUGCUUGAUCCCACCCCGAAUCAGUGGAGGCUGCUCCUUGUCUCUCGGGAAUUUGCUCAGCGAACCCUUUGGUCCGAACGUCAGGAGACCUGGCUUCCAACCCUGGCCCUGAAGAAGGACUCCCAACAGGUAGAACAAGGUCUCCGUGCGGUGAUACCGGGGCUCCUCCGUUUCCUGCUCAUAAGCCACCUCUUCCUAAGGAAGCCUGACAGUUCAAGGGGCCAAAGGGGAAGCAUGUCCCUGCUCUCGAAGAAGGCACACCUGAAGGACGGUGGGCAGGUAUUUCCUGCCCCAUCGUGAAGAAGAGCUGAACUUCCCCCUUUGCAUUGUUGCAAUGAGCAAGGCCCUUCCAUGCGGUCCCCCAAGAAGGGUAAGCUGGCAGCAGGAGGGAGCUUAGAGGCUCGUGUUGCCCCUGGCAGGGCUGUGAGUGUCCGGCAAAUAAAGUCACAUCCAGUGGUUCUGCACAAAUAAAGUCACGUCCACUGGUGUUUCUUUCCACACA